AUGGAUAAGAUUUGCGCUGCGACUGACAUGGAUAUUACUUCCGCGAUUCGGCACGAUGAGCAGGAUGACCGAAAUAACAAUGGUUACGAUAAGGCCUCCGGAGAUUUGUACGCGUGCAUGAGACCGAUUUUAAUUUUGGGGAGGGUGUUGGGAAUUUUGCCAAUUUCGGGAGUAUUUAUGGGGCCGGAUGUAAACGAUGAUAAGGUUUUGACGUAUCAUCUUGGUUUUGGGUGGGUUACAUUUCCCGUUUUGUGCAGCCUGGUUGUCCUCCUACUCCUUGGGGCCAAUAUGGCCCUCAGCUUUUUAAAUCUGUUUCAACUAUUCGCCGACGAGGGGGCAGGAGGAAGCGCGAGCCAGUUGGCGAUUGCUGCCAGAGAUCCAAUGUUUUAUCUCAUGAGCUUUCUCGUGUACGCAUUUUUCCUUUUACGAGCAAAUGAUCUACUCAAAUUAUUCGUCAAGUGGAGGGUUGUAAGCGACGAUCUCAGAUUUCAGGACAACGACGCCAAAUUAUUCGAGCACAUUGUUAUCUUAACGGGAUCAAUUUUCGGAUUUGGAAUAUUUGAGAAUAUUUUGUAUGCGAUGAAUAAUUUUCCACUUUCGGGGAGAGGUGCAAACGCAAUUGUUCCCGCAGAUCAAACCGCAUUUGAAGAAAAUUUGUCAUCUUUGGAAACAUAUUUUUGGCGAUCUCACCCCUUCUGGGCGAAAUUAUUGUCGUAUGACACAUUUUUUGCGUUGAUUCUUAUGUUUGUGAAUACACUGGCCGCCUAUUCGUGGACUUUUGGGGACCUCUUCAUCGUCUUAUGCUCAAGGGCUUUGUACUACAAGUUUAAAAUACUGGUUGAUCAAACCAAUCUGAAAUUGUUGGGGAGGGUGGAAGACGAUGGUCAAGACGGUGUAUGUUUUCGGUCCACGCGGAGAAAUAAAAGCGUUCUUCAAUGGUCCCAAGUACGAAAAGACCAUCUAACCUUGUGCAAGCUAUUGGACGAGUUUGAGUCAUUCUUAUCCCCACUAAUUUUCCUCUCGUAUUCGACAAACAUAUUCUUCAUUUGUUUAGAGAUUCAUCAAGGCUUAACCCCCCAAAAUAACAGCAGUCUCUUCUCCUCUGCCUACUCUUUUAUUUCCUUUGUCUAUCUACUUCUCCGGGUGUUAGUCGUGUCAAUUAUGGCAGCAAAAGUGAACGAGUAUGUCCAUCAGAUAACCAUUUGCACCCAGAAAUGCGCAACGAACGAGUAUUGCUCCGAGUUGGAACGCCUUGAGAUGAUGUUGGCCGCGUCACCAAUUGGACUCCAAGGUCUCGGGUGCUUUGUCGUCACGCGAGCGUUUCUCUUGAUGGUUGUCAGUGUGGUAUUUACCGUGGAAAUCGUUCUCCUUCAGUCCUCCGCCACGGCGACGACACUUGCACAAGUACAAGGGUUCAACACCAGUACGGAAAUACCUCAUUUGCGAACUUGAGGUUGAUUAGUGAACUUCAAGUGGUUUUUGUCGUAGAUUUGUCGCAACUUUCCCAACUACAUAACUAUUUAGAUGUGAACUUUCAAUAAAGAAAUACACACA